AUGGUUAAGGCUGCCAAUAUUUUAUUCGCAGCAUAUCCAAAUCCGACCGUCUAUGGUGUUUUGGCCUAUUCGAAUCUCCCAAAAACUACAUAUCCGCCUGCUGCACAAAUAGCAAAUCCGCAAGACACUCAAAUUAUCCUUACAUCAACCGUUCAGAGCAAUAAUUUUAUCGAUGAACAGGAUUUACAUCCUUAUGACAAAAACGAUAAACCUCCGGCAAAGGCGACUAUAACAGCGGUUUUGAACAUUACGUUUCUUCCGGUUUCAGCCACUUCUGCUCAGGCAGCAUUCCAGGGUAAAGGUGCUCCAGGGUUCUACAAACAUUUGGCCACUUCAACUUUAUUUUCCUACGCACAACACAAUAAAGCACUUCCAAAGUACUCCAAUAAUAUCUACGUCAAGAAGGGUGACGUUGUCGAUAUAGUUUUCAACUGCUUACGAGGCCAGCAUCCGCUUCACAUACAUGGUCAUACUUUCUGGGUUAUUUCAAAUCAAAAACAAUUCGCGGGCAAUUACAAAGCAUCAACUGCGUUUAACGUGAAAAAUCCCGUUCGUCGAGACACAUUUACUGUACAGUCAGAGAGUAAUGCAGUCAUACGGUUUGUCGCAGAUAAUCCUGGUGUAUGGAUUUUCCAUUGUCACAUCGAUUGGCAUUUAGCUGGUGGAAUGGCCUUCACAAUCGCCUAUGACAACAAGGAUAUUCAAGCGCUAUAUCCCUUAAGAGUCACCAAGAAAAAGAACAAAAAAGGCAAGAAGGCAACCAAAGUAGUAGAACCACUGACAAAAUGUCCUACUUAA